AUCCGGGGAUGUCUCGUCGCCGUUGCGGACCAAUGCGGUGUCUUUGUCGUCGGAGAUGGAGGAUUCGUCGUCUUUGAAGAAAAAUCUAAUGGAGUUAGAAGGGAAUAAGAGUGAGCCUUACCCAGGAGGAAUGCCGAAGAUGGGUCCAUUCACUGGGAGAGAUCCGAAUGUGAAGAAACCUGCUUGGUUGAGACAAAAGGCACCACAAGGUGAGAGGUUUCAGGAGGUGAAGGAGUCGCUAUCUCGUCUCAAUCUCAAUACUGUUUGUGAAGAAGCUCAGUGUCCUAAUAUCGGCGAGUGUUGGAAUGGAGGUGGUGAUGGUGUAGCUACUGCAACCAUCAUGGUUCUUGGUGAUACUUGUACUCGUGGCUGUAGAUUCUGUGCCGUUAAAACCAGUAGAAAUCCUCCUCCUCCUGACCCAAUGGAACCAGAGAACACUGCCAAGGCCAUAGCUAGUUGGGGUGUAGACUACAUAGUUAUCACCAGCGUAGACCGUGAUGAUAUACCUGAUGGGGGAAGUGGACAUUUUGCGCAGACUGUCAAAGCUAUGAAGAGACAUAAGCCGGAUAUAAUGAUAGAAUGCUUAACUUCUGAUUUCCGUGGGGAUUUGGAGGCUGUCGACACUCUGGUGCACUCGGGACUGGAUGUUUUUGCUCACAAUGUCGAGACUGUGAAAAGGCUCCAGCGACUUGUGAGGGAUCCUAGGGCUGGAUAUGAGCAGAGCAUGUCGGUUUUGAAACAUGCAAAGAUCAGCAAACCUGGAAUGAUCACAAAGACAUCCAUAAUGCUUGGUCUUGGAGAAACUGACGAAGAGUUGAAGGAAGCAAUGGCUGAUCUAAGAGCUAUAGAUGUUGAUAUUCUAACACUUGGCCAGUAUUUACAGCCAACUCCAUUGCAUCUGACUGUGAAAGAGUAUGUCACACCUGAGAAGUUUAAUUUCUGGAAAACAUACGGAGAAUCAAUAGGAUUUCGCUAUGUUGCAAGUGGUCCACUGGUAAGAUCUUCAUACAGAGCUGGAGAGCUUUUUGUUAAGACAAUGAUGACUAACGGUUACGCUCUGUCACCGGCGAUUAUCGCCGCCGUUCGUCCUCCGGCAUCUCCAGACUGUCUAGCUGCUGCUUCUCUAAAUGGACGCAAAUCGAUCAACUCUUCAUCUUCUUCCAUCUUCGUACCUAUCUCAUUAUCUACUUCCUACGGUCGAAGCAAAUGCGCCUUCUCAAUCUCGCGAAAGAAUCCAAGAUCGACGAUUCGUUGCGAUACUGCUGUGAAAUCAGCGGCUUCUGUAGACGCGGACGCUGAUCUAUCGUCAUCUACGUCAUCGGAGACGGAGGAAGACGAGAAGGCGAAGGAGAAGAUUGGGGCUAGGGUUAGGGUUACGGUGCCGUUGAAAGUUUACCAUGUGGUUCGUGUGCCGGAGGUUGAAUUGAUGGGAAUGGAAGGUUUAAUCAAAGAUUACGUUGUUCUUUGGAAAGGAAAGAAAAUCUCAGCUAAUUUGCCGUUUAAGGUACAAUUCGUGAAAGAGAUCGAAGGUCGUGGUCCUGUCAAAUUCUUCACGCAUCUUAAGGAAGACGAGUUCGAGUUAAUUGAUCCGUGAUUGAAUUGAAAAGGCACAAGUUUUCUUCUCUUUCUGAUCUUAUUAGACUUGAGAAAUCUUUUGUGAAUGGUUUGUUUGUAUGUACUUUUGUAUACAUUUAGCUUAUUAUAUACAUAAUAUUUCACCCAUUCUUGAAUCCUCUAUUGCUGUUUUCUUGCUUCUGAUGUGAUUUCCCAUAUUAUAUUGUUCUUCUUGUGUUGGAGAAACUAAAAGAUGUGUCUUGAUCCAUUGACAAGCUUGGAAGCCUAUCAAACUGAUUUUGCAUUUGAUGGGUUCACUUCAAAUUAACAUCAUUGAAUUUAUCUUAUCCUCAAAAUCUGUCAUCCAUUGGAGGUUAUGAAGUAGAUUGUGGUGGGCAUGAAAGUGUUAAAGAGAUUAGCUUCUGUAACUCUAUGAGUGUUUUCAGUUGAUUCUUAUAGUGUGAAUCUUUGUUUGUAGUUUAGAACCAGGAACUAAAAGGAAUGGCAUCAGAUUUUUUCUAGGGUCUUAUCCUCUUUGUUUCGCAUAUAAUCAAAUGUGGGAUUGCAUUCUGGAUCUUUGUAGGAGAGUCUUUAAGUUAUAGUAGUAAUGCUUAUUUUACUCAGAUGGCAUGAGAGUGUUGAGGAAUUGGUUCCUGUGUCAAUGUGGAUGGCUCCUCUGCUGCAACUCUUUGUUGUUGCCAUGGAUAGUGAUAAUAUGAGUAUAUGAUGUGGGAUUUGAGUAGUAUUGUGGUUAUUCUUCUUAAGUUGUGAGCAUUUUUGCUUUACUGAGAUAAGAUCAUGAGUUGUAGUAGACUCAUAAGAACCAGCAAGAAGUCAGGUGUUGUGCUAAGGUUAUGUACCAAAUAAUCCAUGAGGGAUAUUGUUCCAGCCUUUUUUCGAUUCGAAUAGUUCGGCUUAACCUGAUUGAACCGGGUUUAAAAUGUUGUAAUCCGAUAAAUAUGAGUCUAAUGA